UGCCGGCCAUAGUGGAUGUCUACGCUACACUGGAACCUCGAGGGAGAGACAUGGAGGCGUCAGUGAGACCCUUGUUGAUGCUGCUGAUGAUGUUGAUGAUGCUGGUGGUGAUGGGGGCGCCGCCAUCACCACCAUCACCUUCAGUAACACCGCCACGCAAGGUCUCUGGUGUGGCGCUGCUGACAGCGGCGGCGAAGGGGAAGGCUGGACGGCUGGCCAAUAUCUUAAGACGUCCCGGAAUCGACGUCAAUUACUCAGAAAAGACAGGCUGGUAUCGGGGAUACACGGCGUUGAUGUGGGCCGCGGCAAGGAACAGCUCACAGAUGGUGGACUCCCUCCUCAACACGGGCGCAGACGUCAACAAGAAAAGCUACACCGACGUGACGGCGCUCUUCCUGGCAGCUAAGGAGGGCUUCCUGACGGUAGUACAGCAGCUGCUGAAGAAGGGAGCCAGACCUGAUAUACCUACGGCCCAAGGUUUCACUGCCCUGCUCUAUGCCACCUGGAACGGCCACCUGCGGGUAGUGGAGGAGCUGCUCGCUUACAAGGCCAACCCCAACUAUCAGACGCACACCAGCAAAUACUUCGCGCUGUACCUGGCAACGACGCGAGGCGACGCUCGACUGGUAACACUGCUGCUAGGGGCGGGCGCCGACCCCAACCUCCACACCUCCUGGGGGGUGACGGCGCUGCAGACGGCGGCGGUGUGGGGUCGGGUGAAUAUCGCCGGCUUGCUGCUGGGAGCCGGGGCGCUGCCGGACCUCGCCAACUCUCACGGACAAACUCCGCUGAUGACGGCAGCGGUGUACGGGGAGCAUCAGAUGGUCGACAUCCUCGUGGAAUCAGGAGCAAAUCUCGACCUUCAGGAUGAAGCUGGCAACACGGCGCUAAUAUGGGCCAGUAGACGAGGCAACGACGACGUUAUUCCAGCGUUGUUGAGGGCUGGUGCUGACGUCACCAUUCACGAUAAUAACAAGAGAACAGCUAUGCAGUGGGCGGCCAGGCGAGGUCACGCCAGGUCAGUUAAUCAGCUGCUCAAGUUCUGCUCAGACCUCGCGUUCAACACCACCUUGCUUAAGAUGGGUGAGUGUGCGUUCUCUGAGUCUCCGUCAACAUGCUAUUCUGCCCUCUCCCCUACCUCCUGUGGAAGGGGUGCUCCUCCACCCCGUCUCCCUCAAACAACGACUCCAGCUCCCCAGCCAUCCUCACCAACAUCUCCCCCACCGUCACCCCCUACAGAACCUCAUCAACCUCCUCUAGGAACCUCAACGGAGGCCCUCCACAAUGAAGCCCCAACAACUGGGGGUCUUCUCACAGCAAGCACACCAACAGCCCAGACUCUGACCACAGCAAGGAUUCCAGAAAUCCUGCCGCGCAAGCUUCUUCGGACCCAUUUCGAGGAUAGGGCACUGUCCACGGCACUGUCCACGGCACUGCCCACGGCACUGGCCCCCUCGCCCCAGAUGCCAUGCUCCUCUGCAGCCACGCCAACGGUUCCACUCAAGGUUGUCCUUAGCAUUGCCAUCAUUCUGAGUCUCUGAUAAUCAAUUUCAAACCAUUGGAAUCAGGAGUUGACUACUCUCUCUGUCUCCAAUUUAAUUUCCAUCAACUUGUCAAAGAACUCUCAAGUUGGUCAGGUCAGUAACUCUUUACUAAGUUCAUAUUAAUGCUUAGAGACGAAAUUAUUAUACUAAAUGUUCUUAGUCCUCUUCUGAUCAAUUAUUCUGAAAGGAGCUACCCCUUGACAUUUGGUGUAACCGUUCGUUAAUGUCCUAACGGAAGGGAAUGGGAACCCGCGUCCCGGCCUGGGUGUUUGCCGUGGUUGCCAUCAUGGUUGCCGUCGUUAUUGAGGCAACAUUCCUUGUCACACACUAGAUGCCUCUCUCUCCGAUGUGCUGGAUAACUCCUCCAAGCUUCAGAUAACCUGGGCUAAGACUCGUCAAGCAUUUACGCAACCAUUUACGAAACCUGUGGAGGCGAUGAGUCACAAUAACGUGGCUAAAGUAUGAUGACCAGACCACACACUAGAAUGUGAUGGGACGACGACGUUUCGGUCCGUCCUGGACCAAUCUCAAGUCGAUUCUAAACUACGAAACCUGAAUAUCUUGUGUUAAUUAU